CCCGGGCGACGACGGCGGCGGCGGCUCCUCCGGGUGGUCGGCUCCCUCCCAUCUCGGCCGGCCCGGGCCCGUCUCGCCCCCCAGAAACUCACUGUUCGGGGCUGUGGACUUUCUCAUCGUGCCCCACGAAAGUAAAUCGGGGGAGACUGGGGGAGCCGGAAGUACCGCCUCGAGAUCCCCCAAAUACGAUCGGGGAAACGGAAGUGGCCCUUGGUGCCAGGUUGGGGGAGACCGGAAGUGACGAGAGCUGUCGGCCAUGGAGCCGAGUGAUAGUGCCAGUACCGCUAUGGAGGAGCCUGACAGCCUGGAGGUACUGGUGAAGACCCUGGACUCUCAGACUCGGACUUUUAUUGUGGGGGCCCAGAUGAAUGUAAAGGAGUUUAAGGAACACAUAGCUGCCUCUGUCAGCAUCCCUUCCGAGAAGCAGCGGCUCAUCUACCAGGGCCGGGUCCUACAAGACGAUAAGAAGCUCCAGGAGUACAACGUUGGGGGAAAGGUUAUUCACCUGGUGGAACGGGCUCCUCCUCAGACUCAGCUUCCUUCUGGAGCAUCUUCUGGGACAGGCUCUGCCUCAUCAACUCAUGGUGGGACACCUCUGCCUGGCACUCGGGGCCCUGGGGCUUCUGUUCAUGACCGGAAUGCCAACAGCUAUGUCAUGGUUGGAACCUUCAAUCUUCCUAGUGACGGCUCUGCUGUGGAUGUUCACAUCAACAUGGAACAGGCCCCAAUUCAGAGUGAGCCCCGGGUCCGGCUGGUGAUGGCUCAGCACAUGAUUAGGGAUAUACAGACCUUACUGUCCCGGAUGGAGUGUCGAGGGGGAACCCAAGCACAGGCCAGUCAGCCACCCCCACAGACACCGCAGAAUGUGGCCUCAGAGACGGUAGCCUUGAACUCACAGACAUCAGAACCAGUCGAAAGUGAAGCUCCUCCUCGAGAGCCCAUGGAGUCAGAAGAAAUGGAGGAACGUCCCCCAACCCAGACUCCAGAGCUUGCGCCCUCAGGCCCAGCUCCAGCAGGCCCAGCUCCCACAGGCCCUGCUCCUGCGCCAGAGACAAAUGCACCCAACCACCCUUCCCCUGCAGAGCACGUGGAGGUGCUCCAGGAGCUUCAGCGCUUGCAGCGCCGACUUCAGCCUUUCCUACAGCGCUACUGUGAGGUCCUGGGUGCUGCUGCCACUACAGACUACAACAACAACCAUGAGGGCCGUGAGGAGGACCAGAGGUUGAUCAACUUGGUUGGGGAGAGCCUGCGGCUACUGGGCAACACUUUUGUGGCAUUGUCUGAUCUGCGCUGCAAUCUAGCCUGUGCACCCCCACGGCACCUGCACGUGGUUCGGCCUAUGUCUCACUACACGACUCCCAUGGUGCUCCAGCAGGCAGCCAUUCCUAUUCAGAUCAAUGUGGGGACUACUGUGACCAUGACAGGCAAUGGGGCUCGGCCUCCACCAGCUCCUGGUGCGGAGGCAGCAACCCCAGGUUCUGCCCAGGCCACAUCCCUGCCUCCCUCUUCCACCACUGUUGAUUCAUCAACUGAAGGAGCUCCCCCACCAGGGCCAGCACCGCCACCAGCCACCAGCCACCCACGGGUCAUCCGGAUUUCCCACCAGAGUGUGGAGCCCGUGGUCAUGAUGCACAUGAACAUUCAAGAUUCUGGAGCACAGCCUGGUGGUGUGCCGAGUGCUCCCACUGGUCCACUGGGACCUCCUGGUCAUGGACAGACCCUGGGCUCCACCCUCAUCCAGCUGCCCUCCCUGCCCCCUGAGUUCAUGCACGCCGUCGCCCACCAGAUCACUCAUCAGGCCAUGGUGGCAGCUGUUGCCUCCGCGGCCGCAGGACAGCAGGUGCCCGGCUUCCCAACAGCACCAACUCGGGUGGUGAUUGCCCGGCCCACUCCUCCACAGGCUCGGCCUUCCCAUCCUGGGGGACCUCCAGUCUCUGGAGCUCUGCAGGGCGCUGGGCUGGGUACAAACACUUCAUUGGCCCAGAUGGUGAGCGGCCUUGUGGGGCAACUUCUUAUGCAGCCGGUUCUUGUGGCUCAGGGGACUCCAGGAAUGGCUCAGGCUCAGGCUCAAGCCCAAGCCCAGGCUCAGGCUCAGGCCCAGGCUCAGGCCCAGGCCCCAGCUCCGGCUCCAACUCCAGCUCCAGCUCCUGCCACUGCUUCAGCUAGUGCUGGCACUACCAACACAGCUACCACAGCUGGCCCUGCUCCUGGGGGUCCUGCCCAGCCUCCACCUCCUCAGCCCUCUGCGGCUGAUCUUCAGUUCUCUCAGCUCCUGGGAAAUCUGCUGGGGCCUGCAGGGCCAGGAGCUGGGGGGCCAGGCAUGGCUUCUCCCACCAUCACUGUGGCAAUGCCUGGUGUCCCUGCUUUUCUCCAGGGCAUGACUGAUUUUUUGCAGGCAUCACAGACGGCCCCUCCACCCCCUCCACCUCCUCCACCCCCACCCCCUGCCCCAGAGCAGCAGACCACACCCCCACCAGGGUCCCCUUCUGGUGGAACAGCAAGUCCUGGAGGUUUAGGUCCUGAGAGCCUGCCACCAGAGUUUUUCACCUCAGUGGUGCAGGGCGUGUUGAGCUCCCUCCUGGGCUCCUUGGGGGCUCGCGCUGGCAGCAGUGAGAGUAUUGCUGCCUUCAUCCAACGCCUCAGUGGAUCCAGCAACAUCUUUGAGCCUGGGGCUGAUGGCGCCCUUGGAUUCUUCGGAGCUCUGCUCUCUCUUCUGUGCCAGAAUUUCUCCAUGGUGGAUGUGGUGAUGCUUCUCCAUGGCCAUUUCCAGCCACUGCAGCGGCUCCAGCCACAGCUGCGAUCUUUCUUCCACCAGCACUACCUGGGUGGCCAGGAGCCCACGCCUAGCAACAUUCGGAUGGCGACCCACACACUGAUCACUGGGCUGGAAGAGUAUGUAAGGGAGAGUUUUUCUUUGGUACAGGUCCAGCCAGGUGUGGAUAUCAUCCGGACAAAUUUAGAAUUUCUCCAAGAGCAGUUUAACAGCAUUGCUGCUCAUGUGCUGCACUGUACAGACAGUGGAUUUGGAGCCCGGUUGCUGGAGCUGUGCAACCAGGGCCUUUUUGAAUGUUUGGCCCUGAACCUCCACUGCUUGGGGGGACAGCAAAUGGAGCUUGCUGCUGUCAUCAAUGGCCGAAUUCGCCGCAUGUCUCGCGGGGUGAAUCCAUCCUUGGUGAGCUGGCUGACAACCAUGAUGGGACUGAGGCUUCAGGUGGUCUUGGAGCACAUGCCUGUGGGGCCCGACGCUAUCCUCAGAUAUGUUCGUAGGGUUGGUGAUCCUCCUCAGACACUUCCUGAAGAGCCGAUGGAAGUUCAGGGAGCAGAAAGAACUUCCCCUGAACCUCAGAGAGAGAAUGCUUCCCCAGCCCCUGGAACAACAGCAGAAGAAGCCAUGUCCCGAGGCCCACCCCCUGCUCCUGAAGGAGGUUCCCGAGAUGAACAAGAUGGAGCUUCAGCUGAUGCAGAACCCUGGGCAGCUGCAGUCCCCCCUGAAUGGGUCCCUAUUAUCCAGCAGGACAUUCAGAGCCAGCGGAAGGUGAAACCUCAGCCGCCCCUGAGUGAUGCCUACCUCAGUGGCAUGCCUGCCAAGAGACGAAAGACAAUGCAGGGUGAGGGCCCCCAGCUGCUACUCUCAGAGGCAGUGAGCCGGGCAGCUAAGGCAGCCGGAGCUCGGCCCCUGACAAGCCCCGAGAGCCUGAGCCGGGACCUGGAGGCACCAGAGGUUCAGGAGAGCUACAGGCAGCAGCUCCGGUCUGAUAUCCAAAAACGACUGCAGGAAGAUCCCAACUACAGCCCCCAGCGCUUCCCUAAUGCCCAUCGGGCAUUUGCUGAUGACCCCUAGCUUUCUCACCAGGGGACCACUUCCCCCCUUCCUUCACAGUAUUUAAGAAAUAAAAGUCGGAUUUUCCUGGCUCCUUUGCCUA